UUCUCUUCAUUGAGUUCUCCCACCAAAUUAUUUUUCAAGAAAAUCAGUUCAUAAACAAACAGUAAACAAAAAAUGAAAAUAUCUUUUGUUCUCUUCUUUGCAUUCUCCAUGUUUCUUCAAGGCACACGAGGUGAAGUAAUCUGCGAGACUUUGCCUGCAAAUCUCUGUUCCUUUGCAAUUGCAUCAUCUGGAAAGAGGUGCGUAUUGGAGAAUUACAGAGAUGAAGAAGGGAAGCCGGACUAUACAUGCAAAACAUCAGAAGUGGUUGUUGAAAGAAUUGCUGGAUAUAUAGAGUCCGAUCAAUGUGUUAAUGCAUGCGGAGUCGAUCGGAGCUUCAUCGGAAUUUCCUCUGACGCCUUCCUUGCUCCGCAGUUUACCGCUAGACUUUGCUCCCCGGCUUGUUACCAGAACUGCCCUAACAUUGUUGACCUCUAUUACAACUUGGCUGCUGGUGAAGGAGUAUAUUUGCCUGCUCUUUGUGAGAAACAAAAGACCCACCCCCACCGGGCCAUGUUGGCGCUUUUGAGCAGCGGUGCCGCCCCCAGUCCCGUGGCUAUCGACUCUUUCGGCGGAAUCGCUGAUGCUCCAACUCCUGCAUCUACCUAAAUUAUUGUUGAAUUAUACUAUUCACGAGAAAAUAGGGAAAUCAAAUAUAUACAGUGUUUUGGAUUGGCUUAUGAUUAAAGUAUUUUUGUGAUAUAAAUUUAAUGUUUGAAAUCGAGUUGAAUAAUGCUUUUGUACUUAUGAUUUUAUGCAAAAGCUUCUUUUUUAGCAAAUCUCAUUAGAAUC